AUGGAAAUCUCGUCCUUCCCGUUCCUCGAGGACUCCAAUUACCCUUUCUCAAUCUCCUUCGCACAGGACCCGGACCCGAUAACGCCCUUUUCCAACCUCGGAAAGCGGCCCAGGUGCCCCGAUUUCGAACCCGAUUUCUCCGUUGACGACCUCCUCAUCAAAUUCAUGGCGGCCGACACCCCGCCGGAGGUAAAGCCCGAGCCCCACUCUUUCCCGGCGCCGGCCGACCCGGAUUGCAUCCAGUUUCACAAGGAAACGAACGACUGCUCCAAGCGGGCCCGCUCCGAGUCAGAGACCACUUCUGGGGACUCCGGCGGCGGCGGCGCGCAGCGCCGCCUCUGGGUGAAGAGCCGGUCGAAGGCGUGGUGGGAGCAGGUGAACAGCCCCGAUUACCCGGAGGAACAGUUCAAGCGUGAUUUCAGAAUGAGCAGAGCUACUUUCGACAUGAUCUGCGACGAGCUGGAGUCUACAGUCACGAAAAAGGACACCAUGCUCCGGCAGGCCAUCCCCGUCCGUCAGCGCGUCGCCGUGUGCGUGUGGCGGCUCGCCACCGGAGAGGCCCUCCGGGAGGUCUCCAAGCGGUUCGGUCUUGGAAUCUCCACCUGCCACAAACUUGUCCUCGAGGUCUGCACCGCCAUCCGCACAGUGCUUAUGCCCAAAUUCCUUCACUGGCCGGAAGACCACCGGUCAGCAGAGAUCAAACGUGAGUUCGAGAUGCUGUCUGGUAUCCCCGGCGUGUGCGGGUCCAUGUACACCACCCACAUCCCCAUAAUCGCCCCUAAAACAAACGUGGCCGCCUACUUUAACAAGCGCCACACGGAGCGGAACCAGAAGACGAGCUACUCGAUCACGGUCCAGGGCUUGGUGGACCCCACUGGAGCCUUCACCGACGUCUGCAUUGGCUGGCCUGGCUCGAUGACCGAUGAGCAGGUCCUCGAGAAGUCGGCCCUUUCCCAACGGGCGGGCAGAGGGGCCCUCAAGGACUCAUGGGUCGUCGGGUGCUCGGGCCACCCACUGACCGACUGGGUCCUUGUCCCAUACCCGCACCGGAACCUGACGUGGGCCCAGCACGCGUACAACGACAAGAUUCGGGAGGUGCAGAGGGUUGGGAAGGAGGCUUUCGGGAGGCUUAAGGGGAGGUGGGCCUGCCUGCAGAAGAGGACCGAGAUGAAGCUUCAGGACUUGCCAGUGGUUUUGGGGGCGUGUUGCGUUUUGCACAACGUAUGCGAGAUGAGGAACGAGGGUUUUAGUUCGGAUUUGAGGUUCGAGCUUUUUGACGAUGAGGUGGCGCCUGAGAAUGGCGUGAGGUCGAUCAAUGCCGAGCAAGCGAGGGAUAGGAUCGCGCACAAACUACUGCAUCAUGAUGUUGGGAGGAAAGAUUUUGUGUUGUGA